AUGGCUGGGCUGAGGGUAGCCGUCUACACCGUCCCCCCAAUCCCCUGCGUGGACCAUGUCUCCCAUCGCGAAAACACCACAUGGUCUCCGGAAACCUGCACUCUGGUGUUCUCACCAAACGAAGCUGUCCUCGUCGACACGGGAAUAACAAUCAGCCAGAACAAGGACUUGAUCAAGUGGAUUGAGGCAACUGCGCCGGGACGAAAGCUUGCCCACAUCUACAUCACGCACGGCCACGCAGACCAUUUCCUCGGCCUCCCUCAGCUGCUGCAACGCUUUCCAGAGGCGCAGCCAGUGGCAACCAAAGGAACUGUGCAUCAUAUUAAACAGCAGAUCGCUGAACCGUAUUUUUCCUCAACCUGGGUCGCCUUUUUUCCCGGGGACCAACUUCAUACUCCACAGCAGCUUCCGAACCCCCUUCCAGAGGAUAACAAAUUUGUCUUGGCCAACAGAUGGACUUUCCAGGCCAUUGAAUGUGGGCAUUCCGACACCUUCGACUCAACCGUCCUCUGGGUCCCAGACCUGAGACUUGCCGUCUGCGGGGACGUUGUAUACGGCAAUGUCCAUCAAAUGCUUUUCGAGGCCAACUCCCCAGAGAAGCGGCAAGAAUGGAUCAGAGCCGUGGAAAGGGUUGAGGCACUCAAUCCAGCGUAUGUGGUACCUGGACACCGAAACGCGGAUGAGAUGGAUGGCGUUUGGCAUCUGGAGUCAACCAAGAAAUAUAUCCAGGAUUUCAUUGAUCUGUUGAAGGAGACACCGAAGCCCAAGAGUGUAACUGAACUGUAUUCUGCGAUGCUGGAAAAGUAUCCAGACCGGUUUAAUCCUAUGGUCCUCGGUUGGGGCUGUUAUGGAGCCUACGUGUCUGGCGAAGUACCCUCAGCUAGCUGA